AUGCCAUUUGAUUCUGCAGAGGCCCAACAAUUGAAUAAGGAUAUAUUCGAAACCAUUUACUACCAUGCACUCAAAGCUUUUUCAGGGCUUGCUACUAGAGUUGGCUCCUAUAAGACCUACGAAGGAAGUCAAGUGAGUAAGGGAAUCUUUCAAAUAAACACGUGGAAUGUAACUCCAUCAGACCAGCGGAACAGGGCUGUUCUUAGAGAUAUGAUAUCAAAGGAUGGAGUGAGGAACUCUUUUUUAGUAGCCCCUAUGCCAACUGCUUCAACCAGUCAGAUUCUUGGGAACAAUGAAUGUAUCGAGCCAUAUAUAUCAAACAUCUACAGCUGCAGAGUCUUGAGGUGUGUGAUUAAAUCAUCUCACAAAGUAUGUUUCUGGUUGGGUCUUCUUGGUUUGCACAGUGUUGAAUUCGUAUUAGUGAAUAAGCAUCUUCUCCAUGAAGUAAUUGAUAUGGGGUUUUGGACUCCAACGCUGAAAACCAAAUUAAUCAAUGAGAAUGGUUCUACAGUAAAUGUCGCGGAGAUACCUGAUGACUUGAAGGCGAUUUACAGUUUUAGCUCCCACUUUUUUGUGUUCUCACUCACUACUUUGUCUAGAUACCGAGACUUGUUUUCUUUUGCAAAACAAAACAGAACUGUCUGGGAGAUUAAACAGAGAACGAAGGUGGAUAUGGCUGUUGUUGCACUUCUAUGA